UAUAGGUAGUUCUCUCGUUAUUCGUAGACGCUGUGUAUGCUUUAGGGAAUUACGAAAUUAUACGUACUUGUCGCAUGGUUCAUUCCUAUUUUACGGAUAAAUAAAGAUAAACAAUAACAGUAAACUAUAUAACUGACAAAAUGUUGUCGCGAUUGUCUAUGAAUCUCGGACAGCGAUUAGUGUCAACUUCAAACAGAAGUUCUCCGAAAGUAAUGAAAUUCGUUGCAAUUACCUCAGUACGGCAUCAAAGUACAAUUAAUUCAGAACCGAUUGCAUGUAUAGCAGAUAUUCCUCAAGAUACACCAAAUGUAGCAGAAGUAGCAGAAACUAUAUUGAAAUUUCAUCCAAAUGGUGAACCUACUUCGGAAAGUUUAGGAUUAAGUAUAUUGGACCCUAUAGUUCUGGUUCAAAAAGGUCUAGAAAUACUUCACACCUCUUGUGACUUGUCUUGGUGGACAACAAUUGUUGCAGGAACAGUUGUCAUCAGAUUAUUCUUACUACCAUUCAUGAUUAAGGCACAGAAAAAUGGUGUCAAGAUGAAAGAAAAUAUGCCAAUAAUAACAGAGUUAAAUAAGAAACGUGCCUUGGCCAAAAAUAGAGAAGAAGCUAAUAAACAUUUAAUGGAAAUGCAUAAACUUAUGAAGGAAAAACAGAUUAGCAUUCCUAAAAUUCUGAGUACAAUGCUGGUACCAGUUCCUGUAUUCAUAUCAAUGUUCUUUGGUUUAAGAGCAAUGGCAAAUACUCCACUUGAAAGUUUAAAAGAAGGUGGUCUGUGGUGGUGUAAAGAUUUAACUAUUGCCGACCCAUAUUACAUUUUACCUUUACUUAAUUCUUUAACAAUAUAUCUGACUCUAAAACGUUCUUUAGCUACUGGUGAAAUCAUGCUCCCUCCACAGAUAAAAUAUGUCUUCUAUAUACUUCCAGUUAUUACAUUUCCAUUCUUAUGCAAUUUUCCAGGGAUUAUGUUGUGUUAUUUUAUAACAACAAAUAUUUGUACUUUAAUCCAAACUGAAGUAUUACAACUAAAACGAGUAAGAACAUACUUGAAGCUUCCAGAUAUGACAAACCAUCAAUCUAUGACUGCUGUAAACUCAGAAGACUUAGUAAAAGCAAUGUCUAAAACCUGGUCUAAUACGAAAAAUGCAUAUCAGUCUUCAGAAAAAGAAAUCACAGAUACAUCAUUUGAUAAAACAAGGAAACAACCUAUGAAAGGUGUAUUCAACCCACCAAAAAAUCCAUUGUCAACAGUACAGAUUAAAACAAAAAAGAGAUAAUACUGAAUGUAUAAAUUUUGUGAAUACAAUAGUGUUAUUUAUUGUAUUUAUUUCCCACCUUAACAAUAAAUAAUAACUUUAGUCAUG